AUGAGUCAAUACGACGUUAUUGUCGUAGGUCUCGGUGCUUUGGGCAGUGCCGCUGCAUAUCACGCUGCUAAGAAAGGAGCAAAGGUCCUUGGCUUGGAGCAAUUCGGGCUGGGCCAUGUACAUGGAGCGUCGCACGAUACCUCACGAAUUGUCAGAACUUCAUACAAUACUCCUGAAUACGUGGUCAUCGCGAAGGCUGCAUACAAAGACUGGGCUGUCCUUGAAGCCGAAGCCAAGCAAAAACUCCUCACGAUCACGGGCGGUCUCAUCUUCUUCCCUAAGACAGGGGGCGAGCUCAAUUCUGGUCAAUAUGCACAGAGUUUGAAGGCGAACGAUAUACCAUUCGAGAUUCUGAGCCCAGAUCAAGUCCAUCGACGCUGGCCGCAGUUCUCCAUGGACUCCGACACCGAUGCUGUAUACACACCUGACACUGGAAUGGCACAUGCCAGUCGCUCGGUUGCAGCCAUGCAGUGGCUUGCCACUUUCCACGGUGCAGAUAUCAAAGAAAGGACGAAGGUCACCAAAGUAUCCACUCCACGGAAUGGGAUCAUCACUGUCGACACAGCCAAUGGCAGACUUACCACACGAAAGGUCAUCUUGGCUGCGGAUGCAUGGACAAAUGAGCUCACCAAACCCCUUGGUGUCGACAUACCUCUGGUGAUAUCGCAAGAACAAGUCACAUACUUCAAACCAACGAGGCCUGACGAUUUUGAGGAUCGCCGAUUCCCAGUCUGGAUUUCAAUGGGUCGGGAAGAAUCAUUCUACGGCUUUCCAUGUUUUGGCGAGCCUUCGAUCAAGGCCGCUCAAGACAGCGCGAAGAACUACAUGGACCCCUCGAACCGCACCUACGUACAUUCAGAACAGCUACUUAAGAAUCUCCAAUCCAGAAUGAACAGCUUGAUCCCGGAUAAAGGCAGACAAGUGCUCAGGACGGCUACUUGUCAGUACACCGUCACACCUAAUCGUCAGCUCAUUGUUGGUCCAAUCCAGAAGCAUCCAGGAAUCAUUGUGUUGUUGGGCGCUGCACAAGGCUUCAAAUUUGCGCCGGCUUUGGGUCGCGUAGCAGCUGAGCUGGCGUUAGAUGGAAAGACUGAUGCAGACAUUUCCAAUUUUAGCAUACCGAAAGUGGCUCUGUUGAAUAGCAAGUUAUGA